UGGAGGGCGCGGCGCCCGCGGUGUAGCCAUGUCUGUGUCGGCAGGGGGCUGUGGUCCUGCGAACCUGCGCCCUCAGCCGGGGUCCUCCUGGACACCCGAACCACCCCAGGAGUCCAGCAGAAGGCAGUGACCCGCACCCUCUGUUAGUCUUGGGCCCCCCGGGAGAAACAGGAGAGCCCAAAGGAUGGCAGCUGACAUGCAGAGGAAGAGAAGCGGCGAAUGCCCCGAUGGCACGUUGGCUCCUUCUGAUGGACAGAGUGUGGAGAGAGCCGAGAGCCCCACACCUGGACUGGCCCAGGGAAUGGAGCCAGGUGCUGCUCAGGAGGGUGCCAUGUUCGUCCAUGCCCGUUCCUAUGAGGACCUGACCGAGUCAGAGGAUGGGGCAGCUUCUGGGGACAGCCCUAAGGAGGGUGCUGGGGGUCCCCCCCCACUGCCUGCAGACAUGCGUCAGAUCAGCCAGGACUUUAGCGAGCUAAGCACCCAGCUGACGGGCGUGGCCCGGGACCUGCAGGAGGAAAUGCUGCCCGGAAGCUCUGAGGACUGGCUAGAGCCCCCAGGGGCAGCCGGGCGACCAGCCUCAGAGUCCCCCAGGGAGGGCUCAGCCGAGGGGGAGGAGGAUGAUGCCGCGGAGGCAUGGCGCCUGCACCAGAAACACGUCUUCGUGCUGAGCGAGGCCGGGAAGCCUGUGUACUCCCGCUACGGGUCAGAGGAGGCGCUUUCCAGCACGAUGGGUGUCAUGGUGGCCCUGGUGUCCUUCCUAGAGGCAGACAAGAACGCCAUCCGCUCCAUCCAUGCAGAUGGCUACAAGGUGGUAUUCGUGCGCCGGAGCCCACUGGUGCUGGUGGCGGUGGCCCGCACGCGGCAGUCGGCCCAGGAGCUGGCGCAGGAGCUGCUCUACAUCUACUACCAGAUCCUGAGCCUUCUCACCGGCGCGCAGCUGAGCCACAUCUUCCAGCAGAAGCAGAACUACGACCUGCGGCGCCUGCUGUCGGGCUCCGAGCGCAUCACCGACAACCUGCUGCAGCUCAUGGCGCGAGACCCCAGCUUCCUGAUGGGGGCGGCGCGGUGCCUGCCUCUGGCUCCGACGGUGCGCGAGGCAGUGAGCGCUAGCCUGCAGCAGGCGCGAGCGCGCAGCCUGGUCUUCUCCAUCCUACUGGCCCGCAACCAGCUGGUGGCGCUGGUGCGCCGCAAGGACCAAUUCCUGCACCCCAUCGACCUGCACCUGCUCUUCAACCUCAUCAGUUCCUCCUCCUCCUUCAGGGAGGGUGAGGCCUGGACACCUGUGUGCCUGCCCAAAUUCAACGCGGCUGGCUUCUUCCACGCACACAUCUCUUACCUGGAGCCCGACACCGACCUCUGCCUGCUGCUGGUCUCCACCGAUCGCGAGGACUUCUUUGCGGUCUCUGACUGUCGCCGCCGCUUCCAGGAGCGCCUUCGCAAGCGCGGGGCCCAUCUGGCACUGCGGGAGGCGCUGAGCACGCCCUACUACAGUGUCGCUCAAGUGGGCAUCCCCGACCUGCGACACUUCCUCUAUAAGUCAAAGAGCUCGGGACUCUUCACCAGCCCGGAGAUCGAGGCCCCGUACACCAGUGAGGAGGAGCAGGAGCGGCUGCUGGGCCUCUACCAGUAUCUGCACAGCCGCGCUCACAAUGCCUCCCGCCCACUCAAGACCAUCUACUACACGGGCCCCAACGAGAACCUCCUGGCCUGGGUGACAGGUGCCUUUGAGCUCUACAUGUGCUACAGUCCUCUGGGGACCAAGGCGUCAGCCGUCAGUGCCAUCCAUAAGCUGAUGCGAUGGAUCCGCAAAGAGGAAGACCGCCUCUUCAUCCUCACGCCCCUCACCUAUUGAUGGGAAUGUAUACGGGCCCUAUCCUCAUAGGCCCUGGGUGCCGGAAGCCAUGGGAACUUCCAGGUGGGGCUGGCCUCUCUUGCCCAGCCAGCAGGCAGGGACUGUGGGUUGGUGCGUGCAUUAAAGUGCUUUGGGGAAGACA